AUGCCUGUGACCUUCAACGUCGCGCAGCACGAUGCAGACUCUGCUAUCAUUGCAGAAGGCUACGCGAGUCCCACAGAGAAGGAUAUCCUCAAGAGUAUCUGUCACAGAGAACAGUGGAAGGAGGUUGGAGAAAUCCUGCAGUCUUCCGUACCCAAAGACACUUUGGAGUCCUCCGUAAUGACACCUGCGAAGAAUAGGUUUGUGAGCACGGUGAUUGAGGCGUAUGGGAAACAUCAUCAUCUGAAGAUCCGACCAGACGACGUUUGGAUUGCGAUACUGUCCCAGCUCAGUUUCUCCGUAAAUAGGCACUCCGAAGAGCUGCGCAACUACUUUGUUGCACACGAGGGAAAGAAGGAACUCAUGGUAGAGAGACGCGGUCGAGAUGUCAAUCGUUACACCAUCGACUUCGCUUCCAUCGCGCGAGACAUGUCGGGAGAGAUUGACAAGCACAAUCGUGUCCCGCCGGUCGUUGACAAGACCCUAGUCAAAUGGAUACUUCCCGACUUCAGUACGUCUACGUGGCAGGACGUGACAAUAUGCUCUGUUCAGCUCAUGUCAACACUCAAGUCCUAUUUCUCAUACAAGGCUAGGCUCCUGUGCGGCAUCCCUUCGGUAACGCUCGAAGGCGAAAAGGCAGACUGGGAGCGGCUUCCCAAGCGCCUAGAUCGCCUGCCCGAACUGGGAGAGGAGCCCGAGCGGUGGGCCUCGAUGCUCCGCCCGAUCCUGCGCCGUUUUGUGGACGCGUUGUACGGGCGGCCGGACGCGACGUUUUGGGAGCACGUUGUGCACCGCGAAAUCCCGCAUUUGUGGGAGCACCUACUUUCGGGGUGGAUCACCGCGUUCUGCGUGUGGGACACGAAGGGGACGUGGCUUGCGGGUCCGCGUCCGGACCCCAAGGGCCAUUCCGCCAUGCGCGCGGUCAGCACUGCUAUAGGGAGAGAGAUGACCUCUGCCGGUGAUGACUCGGACUACGUACUGGACGGCGUUGAGUACUUCACACUCGACAUGGACGACGUGGCUGAGGGCUACUGCGAGGUAGACGUGCUUCUGGAUGACAACGGAGAGGAAAUCAAGUGUAAGAUGCUCUCCGGCCACGUCGCGAUGACUAUAUCGGAAGGACAAGAGGGCUCAGGAUCAUAUGAUACACUGAGCCCUGCUCCGCAGUGGUUCUUGUAUGUCAAGCAGCCCCUAGAGCUUGAAGCCUGA